AUGGCAGGGGGACCAGGACCCGCAGUGCGGUGGCUUUCUGGGUGCGUGCUCAAUGGGACAGCUUGGGCCGCUCAGGCUGAGUCAAAUAGAUGGCAGGGGGACCAGGACCCACAGCACGGCGGCCUUCUGGCUGACCUGUUUAGGAACCCUGAGUCCAGGUCCGGCGAGAGACUCCACAGAAAGGAGGGCCGUCAUUCUUUCCUGAGCAUCCCAAGGAUUUCAGAGCCAGCCCAGGUACUCAGAGAUAGGCCGUCUACUGCGCAUGCGCGGGUCCGCAGGCAGCCGGCUAGGGUUUGGGACCAGUCCAGGCAGGGCUCUCCUCCCUCCCCUCGCCGCCCCCCCCCCGCUUUCUUCGGUGGUGUAGGCGGAGACCUCCACCCCGGGAAACACCGGCCCGGGCAGCGGCCAGGCCUGCUCUCCUUUCAGCGGCUCAACUCCACUACCUCCCAGCUCCACCCUCACUUGCCCACCCGUGCCCCGCCAUCCUCGUCGGCAUCACGUGGAGCGCCCGAGACAGACGUCUUCUGCCCCAUGCUCUUCAAUUUUCUAGGACUGGACUUCCCCUUCAACGAUCAUUCAUCUAGGUUACAAAGAAAAUCAAAGCCCUUUGCAUGGCUUACAAGGGACUGGAGGACCUGGCUGCUUGUUCUUUUAUUGCCUUUGAGGACAUGGGGCCAUCUGUGAUUUUUAAGGAACUCUAUAUUAAACAUUUUCUAAUUUCCAUUUUGAGUCUUGUCUAAAAUGUGUGAGAGUAGUGGAGAUACUGGGAUUUGGUUUAGAAAUCCCAGAAACACCACAUCCAGAUGUCCUAUGUUUUCUGCUUUAUAAUUUCAUAUCCUGUGAAGGUUUCAAAUGUGAUUCUACAGAAAUUCAUACUCAAUAAUUUUAUCAGAACACUAAGCAUCUGCCCCAUAUAAUAAAACCUAAUGUUAUUUUACUUCAAAAUUUUAAGUUUUUGGUAUGUAUUGAGGCUAAUAGUGUAAACACUCUGUGCCAUAAUUCCUAAACUGUAAUAUGGUUUAAUGUAUCUACUUUCUACAUUUAAAACAUGUACUUUGCCAUUGAGGAACUUAGAAUAUUGCUGAGCAUGUAUGAAAUACCCAUUUGUUUCCUGAUUUUUAAAUAGUUAUCAUUUUAUAAUUUUCUCUUGUUUAGUUU